CCUUAGUAGGUUAGCGAAAUGAAAUUACUCGAAAGGGACGCUGAAGAUUUGAAUCAGUUCUACAACGGGCGGGAGAUGGGUGCUUGGCCUCCCAAUGUUGGCAUCCUUGCCAUCGAACUGACGUUUCCGUCGCAAUAUGUCGACCAGGCCGAACUCGAGGCAUUCGAUGGAGUGUCAGCAGAAUACACAAUUGGACUCGGCCAAGCAAGAAUGGGCUUCUGUGGUGACCGAGAAGAUAUUAAUUCAUUGUGUUUAACAGUUGUUAAAAAUUUGAUGGAAAGACAUCAAGUGCCUUAUGAUAGAAUAGGUUAUUUGGGAGUAGGCACAGAAACCCUUCUCGACAAAUCAAAAAGUGUAAAAUCUGUCCUUAUGCAAUUAUUCGAACCACACUGCAAAGGUGUUACUGAUAUCGAGGGUGUAGAUUCUACAAAUGCUUGUUAUGGGGGCACUGCUGCACUUUUCAAUGCUGUUUCCUGGGUCGAAAGCAGUGCUUGGGAUGGCAGAUUGGCUUUGGUUGUUGCUGGAGACAUUGCAGUAUACGCAAAGGGUGCUGCUCGUCCAACAGGAGGUGCAGGUGCUGUAGCGAUGCUGGUGGGUCCCGGAGCUCCCUUGUCGAUGGACAGAGGUCUCAGGGCUUCAUGUAUGAGACAUGCUUAUGAUUUCUACAAACCUGAUUUGAGUUCUGAGUAUCCUACGGUCGAUGGAAAAUUAAGUAUUCAAUGUUAUUUGGGAGCGCUGGACGCUUGCUAUGCUCUUUACUGUGAAAAAAGGGCAAAGUUGGAGGGAGAAAAAUCUAAAGGUUUAGAUGGAUUAGACGCUGUCCUGUUCCAUGCUCCUUAUUGCAAACUUGUGCAAAAGGCUUUGGCACGUUUGGCACUCAAUGAUUUCUUACGUGAAGAAGUUUAUCAUUCCAGAUAUGAAUCAGUGUCACAAUUCUCUCAGGUAAAACUCGAAAACACAUAUUUCGACAGAGAUGUAGAAAAGGCAUUCAUGGAUUUAAGCAAAAAGCAAUUUGAACAGAAAACAAAGCCUUCGUUGUUACUUGCUAAUCAGGUUGGAAAUAUGUACACACCAUCAGUAUACGCAGCUUUGGUGUCUUAUUUGGUCAGUAAACCAGCCAGUGAAUUGGUUAAUCAAAGAAUUGCUUUGUUCUCCUAUGGUUCUGGAUUGGCAGCAACUAUGUUCUCACUUACGAUCACUGGAGACCCACAACAUUUGACUAGAAUACUCAAAGGUGUCAGAGAUAUUAAACCAAUGUUGGAAGCAAGAACAAAAGUAGCUCCUCAAGAUUUUGCAAAGUCAAUGGAAGAACGUGAGCACUAUGGACACCAGGCACCUUUUGUUCCAAAAAGUGAUGUGAAGACACUAUUCCCCGGUACUUAUUACCUUGAGAAAGUAGACGACCUGCACAGAAGAACAUAUGCAAGACUCGACAAAAAUUUUGACAAAAUAAAUGAAUAAACUUAUAGAUGACAAUCUACUACAUAGACCAUAUUGAAAAAUCAACAAAUUGCAUUUUUCAUCCAUCGAUAAUUUUUUUUUUAUCAAGAUGAUAGAUCCAAUAAAUGACAUAGAUAAUAUAUAUGAAAUAAAUUUUAUAUAAUUGAAAAAGGGUUGUUAAUUUGAACACAAAGUGAAUGCUGAGCA